UUCCGAUUUUGUUGAUUUGCGGAAUGUGUUGGGAACUUGGGCAGCCCAGCUUUUUGUUCAUCUGUUCGUGUAACGGAAAUUUGGAACUUAACGUAGCAUGUUUGCUUAUGGUUUAUCAGCUCUGAAUUACUGAAUACAAAACAAGAAAAACUUCUUGUCACUUGUGAUGAGGAUUACAAGGGUUGCUUCGCCAACGAUCUCCGUAAAAUGUUGAUAUAUAGCUGGAAGGUGAAAAGUCCACCUCCAAGAUGGAACAUUUCAUCGUUAUGGUCCUUGUGGAUAUUAUUGUUGCUGGCUGUUGUUGCGGCUUCAGGGGAAGGAUCGGGUUUUAAUAACGAUACUAAAGUUGUUCAGGCAUCGUUCUCUCCUGACUCGCUGAAACUGGAAACAUCGCAGAAUUCGUCGUUCGCAAUAGGUUUCAGUGGCGCUCUUUCUGAUCCAAUCUUCUGUUACUGGACAUACGAUCGGAAUGACUUGAUUGCGCCGCUUCCCAAUUUCACCGUUACCGCCUCCGACCACGUGAAUGAUACCAAGCGUUUUCUCAUCUACUCCCAAGGACACGCUGGAACUUUGACAUUGGGUGUUGAAAGUGAUUCCGAGAAAGUUGCAAACUCGAAACGAGUAUCCCUUGUUGUACAAUUUGUACAUUCCAUCGCCCUGGCGACGUUUAGUGAUGUGGUCGGCUGGAUUUAUUUCGUGGCCUGGUCUAUUUCUUUCUAUCCUCAAGUUAUUACCAACUACAGGCGAAAAAGUGUCGCUGGACUAAGCUUUGACUUUCUGGCCUUGAAUAUCACCGGUUUCCUUUGUUAUACAAUAUUUAAUGUCGGAUUGUUCUGGAUUCCAUCGAUUCAGGAGGAAUAUUAUUCCCGACAUCCUCGGGGUGUUAUUCCCGUCGAAGCCAAUGACGUCUUUUUCGCCCUCCAUGCCGUAACGCUGACUCUUAUACAGAUCAUCCAAUGUUUUAUUUACGAGACCGGAAACCAGCGCUUAUUCAAAGGCACGAUCCUGCUGCUCGGUGCGAUCUGGCUGGCGACGAUUAUCUUGUUGAUUCUAUCCGCCACUCACGUGCUGGUUUGGCUGGAUUAUCUGUAUUAUUUUUCUUAUGUCAAAUUAGGGAUUACGCUCAUCAAAUACAUUCCGCAGGUAUGGAUGAACUUUCGCCGCAAAAGUACAGUUGGUUGGAGUGUCGGGAAUGUGCUGUUGGAUUUUACCGGUGGAAUGCUUUCGCUUGCUCAAAUGUUUAUAAUUGCCUACAAUUUUGAUGAUUGGUCAUCAACGCUUGGAAACCCGACGAAAAUUGGUCUUGGAUUGUUGUCGAUAUUUUUUGACGUGAUAUUCAUUAUACAACAUUAUUGCCUGUACAGGAGACGUCAGCAUGAUCUAAUUAGCUCCUAUGAAGAGGAUGUGGUUAGCGCGCCAUCCGAUGAUCCUCUUAUAAAGAAUGUCUGAGAUUGUUAUUCUGGACUUCAGAUUGCUUAAGUUUGUGCGUGGUGUCGUAUUUUAAAUUUGAGUUUUUCAACUGCGAUGACGCAGUACGUACCUGUUUCGACGAUGUAAUUAUACACCUCUUGCGUCUGAUUUGAUUUCAUUCUAACGAGAUUUGUUUCGGGAGAGCCUAACCUUUCCGUAAUUUUUAUUUGUAAUUAAAUUAUGGGUUUUUUUUUAGUUUAGUUACGGAUACCUAAGGAACUGUGAUCAAAUUGUGGAUUGAGGUGCACACAAAUGUGACAUAAUACAAAUAUUAA